GCAGUCGUCUUUAAGACUCAGCUGACCCGUUCAAUAAGUUGAUUGAGAAAACAGUGGGAAUGUCCGCACGGCUGUCCGAGUACUCCGAGUGUAGCUGGACGAAAACUCGAUCGGCGGCCGGACAGUUCUAGGGCGGCGCCAUGAACCGCCACCAGGUGCUCAGCGGCGCCUGCAAUGCCGGCGAUCACUGCUUCGCCGUCGGCUCCGUCGAGGGUGUCCCCUUUACGGCAUACGCUGCUGGGUGCAACAUAGUGAUCUUGGCCAGCACCUUCGAAAGGGUGCAGAUCAUCCCUGGCGCUAACUAUAACUAUAUCAGGAUCAGCUGCAUCGACUGUUCCACGGACACUGGCAAAAUUGCGGCUGCUUACGACAACAAAGUCAUCAUUUUCGAGCCCACCCCGCUGUUGCAAAAUUCUUUUACACACCAAUUGGAUUACCAAUGGAAGCAGACUGCCACCCUGCAAGCAGACUCGGCCAUCUGUUCCCUGUCGUGGAACAUCGAAGGCACCAGGCUGCUGACUGGGGGCGAAGUCCUCCAGCUCUGGCACUACUACCCUCCUCCCUCGGAGGACGAAAACAGGACCGUGACCUUUGAAAUUGGCGAGGAAGUGAGCGAGCAACCCCCGACCUCGCCGAACCACAACAAUGUGGAGCAACCCGCGGUCAGCUGGGAAUGCGUGUGGAAGCAGAGGACGGCCACGCCGACCGUGCACAUGGCCUUCUCAGCCGACGGCACGCUAUUCGCCACUGCUGGCAGGGCCGACAGACUGGUCAAAAUCUGGUUCGAGCAGAAACCCUUGUUGUUUCCUUCAAAAAGCACUGAUGGAAACGCCUCAGUCCCGCACACCAUUAACGAGUUUACAUACGGUUUUGUCUACAUUGCACACCCUAGAGCGGUGACGCAACUCUCAUGGAGGAAAACAAGCAAAUAUAUGCCAAAGGGUUCGGUGGCCAACAUGCUGAUCACCUCGUGCCGGGACAACAUUUGCCGAAUAUGGGUGGAAACUGUGUUGCCGGACGACGGCCUCGUCAACAUGAGCCAGUUCGACCCUCUGGCUGCCCAAAACCCGAAAUUCCGCACUCACAGGCACAAGCACCGAAUCAUGCAAAGGCUGAAACACAUGAAGACUUGUUUCCACAUUCGCCGGCAUGCCAAGAGCCACAACUCUUCUCCGAGCUUGGCUGGCCCCAUUCCAACACUUCCUUCGACCUUCAGCGUGCACGAUUUCCACAAUUAUGGAUUCCAAGGCACUGGUCUUACAACUGGUCUGCAUUUCCACUUGGCCGCCAGCAUUAACGCUGAAACCGAUAUUCCGCUGGUUCCAAGUCUGAUCACAGCUGAUCCUGACCAGGAGCCGAACUUCAUUCUGCACUGGCUGAACAACAAAGAAAUGCAUUUUACUCUGCAAGCAGAAAAUUUGCUACAUGAACUUACCAAAAAGGCUGUUGAAAAAGAGGAAAACUAUGAGCAGCACGACAACGCAACCUUUGUUGACGAUGACGGCGCGUCUUCGGCCAAGCCCAAAAUUAAGCUGGUGAAAGGCUCCUCUCAGGAGGAAAGCAACAGUGAUGAAAUUAGCCAAGGACAUCCUCACGCGAGCGUCCAUUCAGGAGGAAUCGCCAGCCACACAAUGAGUAACGCCACCUCUUUAAAUUCUCUGGCAACCGAAUCGGCUGUGCCUGGCGCACUACCAGCCGGUGAUCCAUUAGACAUGAGAAUCGAAAGCUUGCUUAAAGACUGGCAUCAUGGACCUGAUCUCCUUUUCUCGAUUCAUCCCAUUGACGGCAGUUUCCUCAUCUGGGUGGUCGAGUGGCUUGACGAGUACCACGCUGGCUCCUUCCGCCAGGCGCAAGUUUCCUUCUCAACUCGCAUCCCGAACGCGUUCCCGCUGGGUGACGCGAUGACCAUGUCAACCAACAUCAGCCUGUUCAACACGUGCCAAUCGCUGGCUCUGCGAAACCUGAUGAAGCCGCCCCUGCCGCGGACUAUUCCUACCUCAGCAGCUGGAAUCGUGUCCUCAGAGGGGCUGACGGCGGUAGAAGAGCAUCCAGAGGGCAAUGAUGAUCAGGAUGAGGAUGACGAAGACAAGUCAGGUGCUGAGAACAAGCAAGAAGUGCAGGGCAACCAAGAACAGGACUCAGACACGAGCUUCUCUGACUUCCUCAACUCUAACCCAUCACCGGUGAUCUCGAUGGUGUCUAAGCACAAGAACGGCACGCUCAAUCUCUGGCAGCUAACCUUCUCGGAGAAGUCCAAAUUCAGCCAGGUGCUCAGCAUUAGCCACGCGUCCAGGGCGUCUGGCCACAGGUUCCGGGUUAACGACAUUACCUGCCACCCGGUGCUGCCCCUCUUGCUCACCACCUCGCACCACAACAUACCAGAGAUUACUACGCCCAAUAGCGAUGGCUACGAGUCUCCACAGGACAACUGCAUCAACGACAUGACUAUUCUCAGCGGUUUCUGCAGCGAGCUGAUUUUAUGGAGAGUAGAUGCCGUGGGGCCUUUGUCCAAAUCAGGUGGUGUUUCAGAACUUGCGCGAAUUAACUCGCCCGAGAUCUCCGCCUUUUCCAAUGUCGCUUGGAUCCCAACGCUGCUACCCAGCACCACUCUCGGCAACUUGUCCAACUCUCCGAGCGCGUGCUUUGUCGCGUCCGAUGGUCAAAGUCUUCGCGUCUACCAAGCGGUGAUCGACGCGAGAACGCUUCUGGCCGAGAUCAGCACCUCUGAGCGAAGGAGUAGAAUGAUGGAUUCAAUGAUCAGCAUCUCAGAGGAGAGUUCAAUGGACGACGGAGGCAAGCACGCUUCUCUGCAUAACAAGAUCAAAAUUGUUUCGCAGCAAUCCACAGCUAGGCCUGGAUGUGUGAUUCAGCUUGACGCCAUAGCUGAUGCCACCCAUGACUGGCAGAACACGCAGUUCUUGCACGUGUUCCAAGAACAGUUGAUCAUCGGACAGAAGAGCGACACAGGCCCUGCAGACGGCCUGUUGGGCCCUGACUUGGGACUGAUGGAGACCCAGCUGGGAGCAAUGGUAGAUUUGCAGCAAGCAGCCGUCUUUGAGGAGCCGUUCUACAUCGUGGUGAUGGAGAAGAGUGGCAAGCACACUCUUGUGCACAUGUGGCGGCUUGUGAUCGCCUCCCAGCCGGACAACCCUGAAUUCUGCGGCAGUGUGAUGUACGUGCCAGAUAGUCAGUUGACGCAAGAUGAUGGCGAGGAGGACUUGGACCACCACGUUGGCGCCAGCCACGCCAACCACGAGCCCAGUCGCCACGGUGAGCAUCAGCAGCUGCCGGAACAACAGCAGCAGCCGCAGACCUCACAUGUCAUCAUUUCCACGACCAAAGUUUGCACACAAAUUUUGCCCUUGCCUGACGACGUUGAGGUGAUCCACGCAGCGCCAGCUGCCGGCCACCUCAGUUCUGCCUCGAUUUAUCCGGCCUGUUUUGCACCGUACACAAUCGUGACCGCUUGCUCAGAUAGCACAAUUCGCUUCUGGAACUGCAAGGUGACGAACAAAAAGGAUGAGAGCCGGGAUUAUGAAUGGUGCGAGUGGGAAAUGCGACGCAAGGAUAAAGAGUCCAUGGUUGAGAUUGCAGGCAAGCCGCUGAAUAUCAGUGUAGCCUACAGUGGUCGCAUCGCGUGCGCUUACAAGUACGGAAAAUCAUUCGCCAGGCCCUCUCGAAAGGAUCCGCACGCUAGAUUCGUCAACAUGUGUAUCGCCAUCUACGAAUGUGAGAGCACAGGAGGCUCUGAGUGGGUGCUUGAAGACACCAUUCACUUGAAGAAUAUCAACGUGCCAUACCUCUCUGAACCAGACUUGGACUCGGGCUUGCACACUGCUUUUUUCAAGAGGAAGUCUCCUCUUAAAACCACCUUUGAAGAUCCUUCAGGAAAGCUAAGCACGGAAUCAUCACUGCCGACUGUGCAGAGCUUCAGCACCUUGCAGACACUGCGCAAGUCCAUCUCAGAGAAGGGCAACGUCUGCCCGCUUACCCAGAAGCAUUUGGUCCAGCUUGACUGGGUGUCAAACGAGGACGGCUCGCACAUCUUGACUGUGGCCGUUGGCAGCACAGUGAUGCUGUUCACGCCGGUCUCGAGCGAUUUGGCGCAGGCCAACAUGAAGGCGAUGAAAGAGUCGCAGUCGACGAACAGGCCCAUCCUGCGUAAAGCCUCAUCGCUGGCUGCGCCGCACUUUGUUGACGAGAUCCGCUGGAUGAAGCUGAGGAAAAUCGAGCUGCACACUGCUGACAACCUGCCCGCUCUGCCAAUGCAGAUUUCUUGGGUCCGCGAUGGAAUUCUGGUUAUUGGCAUGGACAGCGAGAUGCACGUCUACUCCCAGUGGAAGCCUUCUUUCUCAAUCACCAACGACCACACACUGCAGCACCAAGAGUCUGAAGAAAUCCACGAUUCUAGAAAGCUUAAGGACGAGCAGCUUCUCAGCUUGGCCCAAGAAAGCUCGCAGAGGCAGCUGGCAAAUGUUCGGUCUAUGACCCAUCUAACCAGAGUCAGCUCAAUUUUGGGAACAGUGUCUGAUAAAAAGAAAAGAGGCCAAUCCGAGCCGAUAAACAUGGACUACAUGCCCGACUAUGGGCUUUUUGAAGCGAGCCGCAUCGCAUGUCCAGUGCUGCCGCAGUAUCACCCAAAACAGCUGAUGGAGCUGCUCAACUCAGGCAAAAUCCGGUGGGUGAAGGCCAUUCUGGCGCAUCUGGUGCGUUGCAUCUCGAACACAUGCUCCAAUCGUCAGGGCUCGGUGAUGCACGCAAGCAGCACCGACGAGGAGAGCAUCUGCAAACAAAAGGGCUGGUCGCGUUCGCGCGCUCUUUCAGUUAGCUACGGCGCCGGUGGCACUACCAGCCCCCUUGAGCAGAGGGGCUCUACCACCGCCAUCCCUGAGGAGCUGAUGCUGGACUACGCAGAGAUCACCUCCAUCCCGCCGCUGCCUCUGUGGACGCUGCUUGCCGCUGAUAAAGAGUCGGCUAGCACCAGCAAACACACCACUGAGGACAACCAGGAUUACAAUGAUUUGUUUGACGCCAAUUUGAGCAUGGCUGAUGAAACCUUGGAGGACAUUCUAGAGGAUGAACCCAACACUCAAAACAGGCCGGAACGUCGGCAGUCAGUUAGCGGCGACCGGCAAGGUCUGUCGCACUUUGGACCGCGACAGGGCCGCCUCCUUUCGCGCCUGCUCACACACACGCAUUUGCCUGGCCUCUCAAGCCUCGACCAGAUGCACUUGCUUGCACUUGCGGACACUGUAUCCACGUGCAACACCGAUUUUGCAGAGAGAUUCGCAAUUGAUGCUGCCAAAACCGCCAUUGCCAAAGAAAAUUUGACAGGAGUACCUGGAGAAGAACCUUCCACAGAUUCGUUGGACGAUUGCGGACUAAGGUUCCUGAUGGCGAUGAAGCACUUCUCAUACCUGCUCAAGUGCUUACCGCUGACCCAGAGGGCUCAAUUCCAGAAACAGGGCGUUGGCACUAACAACAUUGUGUGGGCUUUCCACUCUGAGAGCGAGGAGGAGCUGCUCACCCUUAUUCCAUCAUACUCAAAAAGCACCCUCAGGUGGAGCACCUUAAAGGAAUUGGGUGCCGGAUGGUGGAUUCGAAAUUACACCACCCUCAAAACCUGCAUUGAAAAGGUUGCUAAAGCUGCAUUCCAAAACAAAGAGGACCCGCUGGACGCCGCCCUCUUUUACCUGGCCAUGAAGAAGAAGAGCUUGGUCUGGGCCCUGUUCAAAUCUAAGAGAGAUGUUAAGUUGGCUGAUUUUUUCUCCAACGACUUUACCGAUGACCGCUGGAGGAAGGCAGCUCUGAAGAACGCCUUCUCCCUGCUUGGCAAACAGCGCUUUGAGCAUGCCGCCGCCUUCUUCUUGCUGGCUGGCGCCAUCAAGGACGCUAUAGACGUGUGCAUCAGCAAGCUGGACGACUUCCAGCUGGCCAUGGUGAUCGCCAGGCUGUAUGAAGGCGAGUUGGACCAGACGCCACCAAGCCUGCGAAAGCUGCUCUAUGAGGAAAUCCUUGGUUUGAGUGUAGAUGGCGAGGACUACAGCCCGUCAAAGGCCCACCCAGACCCCUUCCUCCGCUCCAUGGCGCUGUGGAUCCUGAAGGAUUAUACAGGCAGCCUAAACACGCUGCUGCACACUAACAUCGGUUCCAUGCACCCGCAGUACAUUGACGAGGACAAGCCAGACGCCGCCCAGGCCAACCCUAACGUCUUCAACUUUUACGUCUACUUGCGGACGCACCCGAUGCUCAUCAGACAAUACAUUGCUUCCUCUGCCCAGGACAAAAACAAAGGACACUCGGUUGUCAUUUCUGGCUUCAGUUACGGCGGCUCGGACUCAAAGUCAUCCAAACAGGACAAGCAGUUGCUAUUAGAAGACUCAAUCACGCCACUGGAGCGCCAGUUGUACUUCACCACUGCCCACGCUCACUUCAAGGCAGGAUGUCCAGCUUUGGCGCUGGAAGUGCUCUCAAAAUUGCCCAACAAGGUGUUAGACUCCAAUGGAGAUGAUUCGCCAAAUAUGCUGAGCAGUCCAACCAAGAUCCGAAAGCAGGAUUCACAAAUCGAUACUGGAACUUUAUGCGAACAGACGGGCUGGGGAGGAGCCAAUUCUUUCGAUAAGAAAGACGAUGUGUUUGACUGGUCCCAGCCUGUAAGCAAACCUAAGGAAGAAGAAAUCACAUUCGACUGGUCACAGCCAGCGUCCAAAUUCGAGGAUGAGCCGCUUGACCUGGGCUUCGGCAAGGACGACGAUGACGAAGACCUGGAAGACAGCGAUGAGGAAAAGAAAAAGAAGGUAGAGCAAAAGUUGUCAGCUGCUGACACCCUUGAAGAUGAGCACGAUGAGCGGGAGCAGACAGUACCUCUGGACAUCAUGGCCCAGCAGCUCAAGUUUGUAGCCUGUCUAAAAAUUCUGAUGGAGGAGCUGUCCACUCUGGCCACUGGAUUUGAGGUCGACGGAGGCCAGCUCAGGUACCAGCUCUACCUGUGGCUUGAGCGCGAGGUGGAGGCGCUCAGGCAGCUCUGCAACUACAGCGCCGGCGAGGACGACGCGGCUACCGCGGACGAACUGCUUUUAGACGAGUCCAAGGAUGUUACAGUGACUACCACCUCGUUCAAAGCAGGAGAGAAGCCGACUCUGCAUGAGAUUUUGAUGGCCGAAAAGAUGGACUUUGAGGCCAAGGUGCAGAGAGCUGCCAAGCGCAAGAAGUGGCUAAAAGCAAACGAGACUCUGCUUCGCACACUACUGAGCUACUGCAGUUUACAUGGCGCCAGCGGUGGUGGCUUGGCCUCUGUGCGGAUGGAGCUGGUGCUUUUACUUCAAGAGCUGCAGCAGGAGAAGACACAGCAGCAGCUAUUGUCGCCCCUGCCCUUCCCAACCACCCUGCCGCUGCUAUCUGCGAGUGUGGCCUGCAACAAGACCGUGGUGGCCGACCCGGUGCGCCACCUGCAGGCCAAGACGCACGACAUGCUGCAAACCAUCAUCGAGUUGCGCUACCCGCCUAUGCCCACCAGGAUCCACUUCUCAGAGGUCUUUGUCCUCAGGGACCUGUCCGUCGCACUCUCCGCCUGCAUCUACCAGUCUCUCUGCGACUCGGACACGUUCAGCGUCAAACACGUUCACCAAGAUGGUUACCAAAGCGCCGGUAUGGAAACGCUGGCUAGACUGAAUGUUGUUUCCCCAAGCAGUCAUCUGAUUGCGAGCUCUGGCCGAAGGAGGAGGUACAGCAGCGACGAGCCUCUGCAGGUGACGACCCUUCCUAGCAAGUGGCCAGGUGUUACCAACCUGCGAGCGUUGCUUGCUCGUGAAAAGGACGAAGACACACCCAAACUCAACGUCCUUCUCUGCGAGGCCUUCAUCGCCACGUACAUGAGUCUUGUUGUGUACGCCAUGUCCACUUGUGACUGCAACAUCCUCUUCAGACUGGUUGGUCAGAAGUUCAGCAACGCCACCUGGGCCAGCCUUUAUGGUGGGGGCGUAAAGAAGUUGCUCAGGGUGGCUAGCACCCUUCCUGGACCACAGACUUCCCAAGGAAGUGUUGAUAAGGAGGUGCCACCAAGCACGGACACUGCUGGCGCCAUGUGGAACGCGGUGACCAGCCUAACAAAGCAGCGGGUGCGUCUGAACAUGAAGCUGCUGGGCCAGUUUGGCAGCCAGUCAGGUACGCAGCCGAUGAAAGAGGACCGGCCGACCUACCGCGAGCAGUUCGUGCCGCCUGAGAUGUCGAUGGUGUCCUACUUCCUGAUCAAGCCUCAGCCGCCAGUGGACACUGAAUACGUGGACUACGACUCGGCAGACUCUGCCGAAAGCGAGGUGGAAGAGGAGGAGGAAGACGUCUUUGAGGGUUCCACGACCGGGAACGAACGCGAGGACAAGGACAACACAGAGCACUCAAACCCCAACAGCUUCGCGUGGUGCGUGCUGAGGCUCGCCAUCACCACGCUUGUGCAACACCAACUCAAGGACUUCCUCAACGUAGCGGGCAUUGAACUCCAAGCAAAAAAGAAAUUGUGGCGUGACCAACGAUUUUCAGAACUACCAGUGAGCAGUCCGCUGAUCCAUGCUGUGCUGCGCGUGGUUUACCACUGGGUGGAGGUGCUGAAGGACGACCUGGACAGCAAAGGUGCUGCGCCAAUCGACUUCAUCCCAGGCUGCUUCGUCGACUCAAACACUACCUCAGGCCCUGCCAUCCACAAAUAUAGAUCUCUGCUCGAGAAAUUCAACACACCAUUCCAUCCCAAACACCCCGCCGCCUCGCCCGCCAGGCGUCUCUGGAGCUACCUGGUACGCCAGGAAGAGGUGCAGGACAUCUUCAUCCGUGCCGUGUUUGGCAAGAAGCGCAUGAUGACGCAAAUCCUGUCCGGAGACCCGUUGAUGCGGCCCGAUGACGGCGCACCCGAUCCCAUCCACCACCCUGCCUUGCCAGAGCCAGUCCGCAUCAUCCACAAGGACCAGGACUCGAUCUCUGCCUUCUGCCUCAACGAGGUGUCUAACGGCUUGUUGGCUCUGGCAACUCCGAAAGAGGUUCAAGAAAUGGACAUUUCGUUGCUGCUCGAGUCGCCAGCGUGGUUUGAAGAUGAAUGUGAUUUUGACAUCAUCAAUUUGUCAAAGGAGCCGGAGUUAGUUCCAGCGACCAGUUUCUUGGUCAUCCAGACGGCAAGCGACCGGCCCCUGUUGGCGCAGGCGUCGCCGAACAACGCGGGUUCGCAUCCAAACACGUACGGCUCCUCCCCGGCUGCGCAGGGUGGCAUGGCCGGACAGACCGGACGGGGCGCCUCAGUGAUUAAAGGGCUCAACUUCCCUGGGUCACACAACCCGCGCUUCUGUCAGUUUGUGAUUGAGCGUAGCAGACACAUGCUGAAGCCGGUCCACAAACAUAAAAUGGACGGUAUUCGCCGAAUGAGCGCCCACCCUCUCAUGCCAGUUUACCUGAGCGGCUCGCAGGACGGAUCCGUGCAGCUGUGGGAGUGGGGUCACACCCAGCCAGUGGCGACCCCCCGGCCUCCGGGCACCUUUGCCAAGGUGUCCAGGGUGCGCUUCAGCCAGCACGGAAACAAAUUUGGCGUUGCCGACGGAGACGGCCACGUCAGCCUCUGGCAGGUCGGAAUGGCCUCCAGCGUCUCCAGGCCCUUCUUCAACUACCAGUGCCACAGUAAAAUGGCCAGCGACUUUGUGUUCCUGGGCUCGUGUAGCCUGCUCGCCACGGCUGGACACAGUUCCGAGAGCAAAAACGUGUCGCUUUGGGAUUCGCUGCUGCCGCAGAAGAAGGCCCUCGUCACCUCUUUCGCUUGCCACGAGCAAGGCGCCUCAAGUAUAAUUUACGCGCCGCAACACCAAGCCAUCAUCUCGGCGGGCAAAAAGGGUGACAUCUGCAUUUUCGACGUCAGGCAGCGCCAGUUGCGGCAGCGCUUCCAGGGUCACGAGUCCGCAGUUAAGUGUCUGGCGCUUGACCCUAAUGAGGAGUUCUUUGUCACUGGCUCCGCUGAUGGAGAUAUCAAGGUGUGGAGUAUGUCGACGCUGCAGCCAUAUUUCAUGUUCCCCGGCGAGCACGCGCGUUCGAGUUUCUUCAAGAACAUCGGUCAGGGUGUGACGCAGCUGCACAUCGACUCAAGCUCGCGGCUCUUCUCGUGCGGCGCCGACGGCUCGAUGAAGGUACGCCAGCUGCCUGAAAGAGACUUGGUCGUGCAGUCCAUAUACUAGUUCCACUUCUUCGCCCCGACACGUGCACUUACUUUCUUGACAAUAUAAUCAACACUCUUGAUUUGACUCGAUUUUUGUGGGAGGCAUUUAUGAGUUUUUUGUCUAUUUUCUCUUGUUGUUUCGGGUGAGCGAGCAAGCUCGCUGCUCUUGUUGCUGUUCAAAUAUUCAACGUGUCUUUCAAACAAGAUCAAUUGUGCCGUGAAUAGUUACUCAGCUGAGAAAAAUUUACCUGUUGUUACGUACCGUAAACCGAUCUAAUAACAAAAGCCGCGUUUUUUUUUAAAUAUGAAAAGUCGAAAAAGAGGGCGUUGUUUUUUGAGCUUGCUUGUUCUGAAAUUUGAGGACGAAAAAUUGGCCGGGAAAUCCUAUAUUCUCGUGGGUGUAAAUCGACAAUAUGUAAAGUUAAGAGUCGUUUGAAUUGUUGCGUUUGGAGCGAUGUCGGAAGCUGCUUCACAAACGUGUAAAUUGAUUAUCCCACACUUGUAACAUUUCCAUAAUAGCAAUAUAAUAAUGGACAAACCACAUUAGCUGUCGGUUGUUGUAGUCGAACGUAGCGUGUUAAGAAUCACGCCGGCGGAGCUGAAGUUCGCCUCGUUGAAACUGUGUAAACCGAGAAAAAAUGCGAAGAAAGUAAGGAAGAAAGCGUUUUUGCCUCUAGUCCCUCCCAGCAGUCGGUGCUUGAUUUAAUUUUCUUUCGUUUUAUUUUUAUGUCGUCGCCAUUAAACAUUCCCCGCGCAUUGCUCUAGGGUUACGGCCGAUGAAUUUGUUAUUUUUUACUAUGUUGUAUUGUGUAAGACUUUAAAAAGCUGUUUAGACGCUAACGGAGUCUGAGCAUUAAUUCGAGCGUUGUUAAUUUCGCCCUACUCCCUCCAUUGUGAUAUUUAAGCUGAUUGUUUCAGACGAGAUUCGCGUCGUAAGCGAAAAAGAACAAAAGAAUUGGCGACUUACAUGGUUCUUAAUUAUAAGUCAGGAAAUCGUUAUUCGCUAAAUAAUUACAAAGUGUUUGAUCAAGAAUAUAAAUUGAUGAUAAAUACCCAUA